AUGGCUCAGGACCCAAACCUUGGCCAGAGUCCGGCGACCCCUUUUUCUGCUGCUGCUGAUUCAGCAGCGGGAUGGCUUGCAAGUCCGGCAACCCCCGCUGCCUCUUCAGUAGCGGGAUUGCUGACAGGCUCCAUGGAGCCGGCUGAAACUCCGAGCGCUGCGAUUACACAGUUGGAGCACAGUUGUGAGAAAGCUUUGCAGCAGUUCUGCGGCCCUCAGCAGUACCUGAUCGCCAAUCUCAGCAGCCACGAUGCAGUGGAAAACUUCAGUGAGUGGCUUCGGGUAACUUUCCCGGAAGCAGAUGACUGUCUCUACUCAGACAAGCCACUGUCCAAGGUUUCAGGGCAGAACCCAGAUUUUGCCUGCCAAAUUCCUUUGUGUCUCCACGUGUCCAUGCUGGGCUUCACAAGCGCGUGCACGCUCAAGCCGCCACCAGGCAGUGAGCACUGUAAUAACUUGAUCCAGGAAUUCUUGAAGGAUGGCUUCCUGACAGCGUCUGACCCCCUCUUAGUCAUGGAGCACGACCCAGACUGUGCGCCCUUUGAUGUGCCCAUGCACCCUUCGCAAAAAGCUCGGGCGUUUUCCCUCGCCUACCUCAAAGGCUAUGCCCGUUCGUGUACCUUGCUGUUUGUUUUGCACAGGAUCAAGUCUUUGGGCCUGGACUUAGCUGAAGAUGAAAGUUUGAAGCCUCUGAUGGGCUCAGUGGUGAAGAUUUGGGCCCACUGCGUCCAUCACCCGUCUCGGAUGGACGAGGCUUUGCAGAACAUGAAGCUGUCUGCCCGAGGCAGCUUGCGCCACGCCAACAAUCUUAUUCAGUGCUGCUUCAUCAUCAGAAAUUUGCGAGGCAAAUGUGGGCUCAGUGAUUCCUCUGUCUUUGUGAAGAGAUGGAAUUCGAUGUCCACGAAACAGUUUCAGAUCACAGGGAAGAGAGCCACCGCCCUGAAGUUCCUCCUGGAUCAAACGCCGGAACAUGUCCUCUCAUUGGUUCUUGAUCAUGUCAAUGACUUUGGUUGGGACAAGAACCUUUGGAGCGAUGAUUCUUUGGCAGUCAAGAAAAUGUAUCCAAAUUUCCAGUUUGCCUGCGCGAAGAAGUCAUGGCUUCCCCGUAUGAAGACAACAGAGGAAUCCAUGGAGCUUUGCAUCAAGCAUCUUCAGAACGGCUUCGUUGCGAAGUCCUUAUACUUGCGCAGGAAAGUGGAUGCCCAGACUGUUGAGGAAACAUCGCAGCGCGCAGCUGUAGUAUGGCACCUUGGACAAGAAUUGCUUUCGCAAAUUCCCAUCGACCCAGCCAAGAUCAAGGAAGUGUGGUACGACAGCUUUGCAGCAGGAGAUGGCCCAGUCGAUGCGGAGAUCCAGGGGAUUCUCAUGGAUAAGUCUGAAAACUUUGAUCUUCGCCGGGACAGCCCAACCCUGAAGAAGUUGUGUGACCAGCAAAGCUUUGCAAAGCCUGUCUGCGCCAGUGCAAUUGAGGAAGCAACCUUGCAAGUUGACAAAUUUGCAUUGGUCAUGAAACAGCUGCAGUAUGACUUGCAAGUCUAUGAAACUUGGUCGCGCAAGACUGCCAGUGUGAAGAGCGCCCAGGAGCAUCAGCGCCACCUUUGGAUGCUGCAGCGCCGCAAGAGAUGUGAAGCAGCUGCCCAAACUUUCCUCAGCCGAUCUCUGAAGCUUGUUGUUUGGGACAAGCGCCGGGCUGAACAGUCCAUUGCAGAGUGCAUGAACUUCAAGAGAGAAGUUUGCCAACAGCAAGGCAUUUCCCCUGAUGACAUGUACACUUUGCUGUACUGGAACUGCAGCGCUCCGUGCCUGAUGCCUUCAGCGUCUUACAACAAUGCCACCAAUGUGGUGGCCUGGGCUUUGAAUGACCAGAUGAGAAGCACAGCUCUGAUCCUCACGCGGACUUUCAGCUACAGCAAAGGAAAGGUUUUUCUGGAAGAGCAGAAUCUGCUCCAGAAGCUGUCAGCAGGGAAUCACAUCUUGGAUUGGCAGUUCCACCUCCUCUUCAGCAACAAGCCAGAUGCCAGGGAUCUCAGACCAAUGGUCUAUCCAGGCAGAUUCGUGUUUCCCUCUUGGUUCCAAUGCGAUCUGAGAAAGGAUCAAAGGACUCCAGAAGUGAAACAGAUGCCAGCCAAAGAAAUGCGUGAAGUCGAGUCUGUGUGCGAGGACGAUGGAAUUUUGGUGAUGGACCUCUUUGUUCGCAAUGGAGAUUUCACAGAGGCGUUCUGCCAGGUGAAGAGUGGCAGAUCCAACAUUCACUACCUGGGCUUCUGUGAAUCCCAGGAUGAGAUCAUGUAUGUGGAGGCCUACUUGAAGGAGACCUUGGCACAGUCCUACGAGAAUGGCCAGCCCACGCCCACAGGUGAGAAAAUCGAGCAAGACAUGAGCGAGGACUUGAAAGAGAAGCCGCCUCCUCACCCAAGACUGAACUUGCUGGUGUUGAAGAAUGAAGAGCUUGGUCUGCCUGUGCAAGUGAUCCGGGAAUGGCAAGACCAUGCGACUUGCGGACCUGAGUUUCGGAAAUGGCUGGAAGGUUUCCAAGCGAAACACAAAGUCAUUGAUGAUCGAGCUGAGCAAAAUGAGACUGACCCACAAGGACAGUCUUCUGAUGGCAAGAGAGCCAAUGGAGGCCAAGUUGGCCCCUCUCCAAAGAAGGCUCGCACUGAUGUUCCAGCCCUGGAGCCUAGCAGAAUUAUCGAAAGCUCGAAGAUCACCAGCGCUCUGAUCAACGAAUACAGCUUGCCGGUAGGUAAGGAUGUGGCAGUAUCUUUUCACAUGCGAGCAGAGAACCAAAUGUUUUUGGUGAACAAAGGCUCCAAGACAUGGAGUGCAUCUGACCCUGCCAUUCUUCAUUUUGGAAACGGCUCAUGGAAAGUCCUCAAGGCAAAUCAAGAUUUGCCGGACGGGGCUGUGGAACUGAAGUUCGCUAGCUGCGAUGACAAGAUCUUGCUCAAUGGCGCCGUGCAAACUUUGGGGCAGGUAAUGGCCGACAUGCGUCAGAAGAAGCCCGACGCCAAGAUUGCCUACCACCAGAUCCAAGAGACGGAUGACAUCAAGCAGUUCAGUUUGACCACCACGCACCGUGUGGUUUUCGUGUGCAAGACCGAAGGAUCCGAGUGGUCUUCCAAGAAUGUGGCAUCCAAAGUGUGGAAAGCCGGUAUGGACGGUGGCCCCCUCAAGCUCAUCUGGUACAUGCGAUGGGCCACCAAAGGAUUGGUUCCCAUCAAGCCCGUUCUCCAUUUGCUGGGCCACGCUACUCUUACAGCAGGACAAGCUGCAGAUGUGACUGCGCGCCACGGGUCCUGA